UUGAUCCGCUGGAUGGCAGCUCGGUUGAGGUCUUGUCGCAUUUUGGCCAGUGAGCUCACAGAGAACCGCCAGUCCCUGUCUUGUCUCGUCAGCCGACUGAUCGUAGAGCGCAAGCACGUGCUUGCCUGUCCUGGCUAGACUGCUCGUACAGCGGCAGUGGCUCGACCUCUGCGCCCAUCUCUCUGCUGACGCCAAGCGCGAGCAAUUCGAAAGGCGCUCCCUCAUUCAGCCCGAGAUGGGCACGACGCUGCACAGACAAAGACUGAGACUGUCCGUCCUGGCAGCGCUGCUCCUGGCGAGCCGGUCACACGCCGAUGAUCUCUUCAGCUGCACGCCCAAUGUACAAGGACAUGCUUAUGAUCUCUCAGAGCUCGGCAAGCUCGUCAGCGUCAGCUCAGUCGCUUCGACGCCUCCAUCGCGAACGACGACGACAUACACGCUCUCGCUCUGUGCACCGAUCCCUGUACGGGAGGAUGCACCAGCAGAGGAUCAAUGUCCUCCCGGCACACGAGCUUGCAUGAUCGUCACCAACGACAAAGACCCUCACGCUACGAGGGUCAUUAGCGUCAUACCGCUCGCGAUGGAAGCGAACGAGCACAGACUCGAUCCAUCGCUAUCACUCCUUGACUCGUCAAAGUCUCAACAGCCACUCUUGAUCAAGUUGCAUGGCGGGCAGUAUGGAGAGCAAGCCCAGCAACUUGAGCUCGAGCUACUCUGCGACCCCGACACGGCCAACAGCGAGCCAGUCAUAGAUGCAUAUACGCCCUCGAACGGGACUCUGACCAUGAGCUGGACCAGCAAGUUCGCCUGUGCUACACAUUCUCCCUCGGGAGACACGCCCCAGACCGGCGAACCGAGCAACAAUCAAGGCAGAGGCUUUUUCGGUUGGUUCUUCCUGGUGCUCUUCCUCGGCUUCAUUGCCUAUUUUGCCAUCGGGAUGUGGCACAACCACUUCACGUACGGCGAGACCGGCUGGCGGAUGGUUCCUCAUCGAGAAGCGUGGGCUGAUUUGCCCUACGUCGUACGGGAUGUAUUCAGGAGGGGUGACAGAGGGUCAGGCUACACAGUACUUUCAUGAUGAACCAUAUCAUUGCA